GUCCUCCCCUGCCCUACAGCAGCCGCUGGCCCCGAUCCCUUUGCCCAGCAGCGCGGUGGCGAGGAGCUGGAGCAGAUCUCAGUGGGCUGAGCUCGGUGGGGCUCCCCGUGCUCCCCUCACCUGGGAUUUUGGGGUGUUUAUUUGCAGAUAGCCCCGGAUACCAAGAGGCUGCCCGAGUCCUGAACCCGGGGAGAGAAAAACCAUGGGGAGCGGGAUGAGCAAGGUGGUGACGGGUCUCUACCUGGGGAACAUCCGCGACUCGGAGGACGUGGCCAGCCUGCGGAGGCACGGCGUGACACACGUCCUCUCCGUGCACACCGGAGCCAAACCGGUGCUGGAGGACAUGAGCUACCUCUGCAUCUCGGCCUCGGAUUCCUCCAGCCAGAACCUCCUCAGAGAAUCCCCCGGGUGUCCUCCUGCUGGGUGUCGGGCAGCAGAAAGCCCUGCUAUUUUUGGGAUGCAGCAUUUCAAGGAGUGCAUCAAGUUCAUCCACGAGUGCCGGCUCCGCGGGGGAGGCUGCCUCGUUCACUGCCUGGCCGGGGUCUCGCGCAGCACCACGGUGCUGGUGGCUUACCUGAUGACGGUGACCGAGCUGGGCUGGGAGCGCUGCCUGGCCGCCACCAGGGCCGUGCGCUCCUACGCCAGCCCCAACCCCGGCUUCCAGCAGCAGCUGCGGGACUACGAGAGCACCCUGCUGGACGAGCUGAGAGAUGGAAACAGUCAAAGGGAUGGUUGAAAAGUUCUCUCUCCUACCCCAAGCGAAGCACAUCAUCGGGAUUUAGCGCAGCAGCACCCUAUGGGGUGGCAAAACCCCGAUGUCCCUGUCUGCUGCAGCCCAGGGCCAGCACAUGAGGACGAGGAGCAUCUCGAGGGGAUUUCUGUCCCCUCCUCCCAGGCCGGACAGCAUGUGACAGUGGCCCAAGCGUCAGCCCCUUCCUGGCGCUAUCACAUGAGGGACGUGGCCCUGCUGGGGCUGUCACCGCCUUGCAAAAAACGCCCCAUGGAAGGGGGGAGAGUGGUCCAGGGCAUUGCAAAACCCCCGGAGCUGGAGAUUCCCUGCAGGGCUUCCCCCGGCCGGGCCAACGCUCCCCAACCCUGCCCUGGCCACGUCCCAGUGCCCGCUGUGACACGGGGCGCGCCGUGCCCCCUGGCCACUUAUUCCUCCUGCCCCCCAGCGUUUGGGUGGCCUCAGCAAACACCCCUUGCCCUUCCCCUCCCCUUACAGGUCACGUUUUCUUCGGGUUUGUUUUUUUUUUUGAUUUGAAGUUUCGCUGCGGGCUUUGCAAACGUUUCCUGGGAAGCACCGGCGGCUGCGUCAGGCUGCGCGUUGGUGAGGUGCAAAGUUUAAAAAAUGGCAUUUUCCUUGCAAGGGCUCCUUUUUUAUUUAUUUAUUUAUUUUUAAGCCAGCACCUGGCGGCACCGUGGGGCGCUUCCCGCUGCGCCCUCCGAGCUGCCCGGUGGGUGCCAAAUCUCGGUGGCCAGGCUGCUCCCCCCUAGGACCUCCAUCCCUGCGGGUGCUUUGUCACCACCAGCACCGUGCACGGAUGCGUGCCCCUCACCGCUGUGCCACAGCCCGGGCUGCAAGGCACCAAGGCACCAGGAUAUCCCUGUGGGUACCCAGGAGCUGUCCCGGUGUUUGUAGGGCGAGCAGGCAGCUCCAGGCACUGCCCAGGAGGAGGAGAGGAGAAAUCCAGUCCGGCCUCUGGGAUAUCCGCCCUGGGAAGCGCUGAGGUUCCCAGCCACUGUUUUUUUAGCAAGGAAAUCGUCGCUGGCCCCCACCCCGAGCAGCACCGGGGCUUCCUGCCCCCGGCACGCAGCUGCCGGUGAGUCCCGCCGGCGGGGUGAGUGGAUUUGGGAACUCCAGGCAUUCCCACUGGAAAUCCCCCUGCCCGAGCUGAUUUUCCCCAGCUGUAGGAGUGGCGAAGCCACCGGGGUUGCUCUCAGGCUUUCUCCUGUCUUUCCUCCGAUCCCAGGAAGCCGGAGCUGUUUGGGGGGCACCGAGGCCGGGGCACGUGGGAGCUGCCAGCCCCAAAAAACAAGGAUGUUUUAACAGCCCCCUGAAGCUGACGCCUGUCCCAGUGCUCCCAGCUAUUGAAUGCCGGCCCUGCUGGCGGCACCCAUGGGUGCUGCCGGGGGCCGGACACUCCACCCUUUUCCCCCUGCAGCUUUCCCAUCCCUGGCCGCUCUCUCCGUGCGCUUUGCAGAGCGUUUCGCACUGCUGGGCACGAGCCACCCCUCUCUGGCCGCUCCUCCCCGUGCGCCCUGCUGGCUGGGUGCCUGCUGGCCGGGUCCCCGCUCCUUUGCCAUGCUCUGAAGCCGUUCCCAGGCACGGGGCAGCAGGCACAGCGGCUCCAGCCGAGCUGCCCUCCCCUGCCCACGCUUCUGGGCAGGGAUCCCGCAGCUCCGUGCGGCGGCGGUGUCGGGAAGCCUCUCCACGGGGCCAUCUCCUGCUCCGAAGCCGCCUCCGGAUCUCCGCCGGGUGCCAGCUGGCCCCAAGCCACCCGGACGCCGGCGCAGCCUCUGCGGGGACGGGAGAAGGGCUGAGAUGAGCAAAGCGCUCUGCAAACAGCCCGGCUCAGCCUGCAAGAGCCGACCUGCCCGUGGUGUUUGGGGCCGCGAGGCCGGCCUGUCCCAGCAGGGAGAAAGCGUGGGGACGCUUUGCUUCUGGUAACUCAGCCCUGCAAAGAGCCGAGCAGCUUCCUGGCAAGGGAAAGGGAACGAAGCUGCUGGAGGCUGCACCACGGGGGGGGAAAAACGGGGCUGCUGCCAGCUCUGUGGGUCUGGGGUGCUCCGAGGGGCUGGUGGUGUUCCUGUAGGGUUUGCUGUAGGGGUUGCAUGUCUCGUGUGAUGUGUGCACACUGCAUGGCGUGGCUGCUCCUGCCAAACAGGGGCUGGGUCUGUGGCCACCCCGUGUCCUGGUUGGGAUGCCCUGCCUUGAUUUAGGGCUUUGCACAACACCGGGGGGGUCCGGCACAGCCCCCGGUGACCCCGGCCCCUCACCUGGCUCUG